GCAUUUCUUCACUUAGUUCCUCUCCCAGUUGCCCAGUGGGACAGUUGGGUCUCAUCACCUCAAGCCGCUCCCAUCAAAUCCGCAAGCACACCAAGCCCAUCAAGCAACCAUGAGCAAGUCCUACUCAUCCUCGGCCCAGUCCGCCUCCUCGUACCGCCGCACCUUCGGCUCUGGUGUCGGCUCAACACCAUUGUCCUCCAUGUUCUCCUCUCUGGGAGGAGGCCGCAGCUCCUCGUCCAGCCACAUGUCCGCCAGAGUCUACGAGGUCAAGAGCGCUCCCUCCUACUCCAGCUACAAGCUGUCCUCCGGCGCUGGGGGCGCAGGGUUCGGCUCAUCCAAGGCCAUGCGCACCUAUUCUGGCGAGAAGCUCGACUUCAACCUGGCGGAUGCCAUGAACCAGGAUUUCCUCAACACAAGGACCAACGAGAAGGCCGAGCUCCAGCACCUCAACGACCGUUUCGCCAGCUACAUCGAGAAGGUGCGCUUCCUGGAGCAGCAGAACGCGGCGCUGACGGUGGAGAUCGAGCAGAUGAGGGGCCGCGAGGGGCCCGGCCGCGUCGCCGAGCUGUUUGAGGAGGAGAUGAGGGAGCUGAGGAGGCAGAUCGAAGCCAUCUCCAGCCAGCGCGCCAGAGUUGAGGUGGAGAGAGACAACCUGGCUGAUGACCUGCAGAAACUCAAGCUCAGACUGCAAGAGGAGAUUCACCAGAAGGAAGAGGCUGAGAACAACCUGUCUGCUUUCAGAGCCGAUGUUGAUAAUGCCACUCUGGCCAGGCUGGACCUGGAGAGACGCAUCGAGAGUCUGCAAGAGGAGAUUGCCUUCCUCAAGAAGAUCCACGAAGAGGAGAUCCGCGAGCUGCAGAGCCAGAUGCAGGACACUCAGGUGCAGGUCCAGAUGGACAUGUCUAAACCCGACCUGACUGCUGCUCUGAGGGACAUCCGCAUGCAGUACGAAGCCAUUGCUGCCAAGAACAUUGCAGAAGCCGAAGACUGGUACAAAUCUAAGGUGUCUGACCUGAACCAGGCUGUCAAUAAGAACAACGAUGCGCUGCGUCAGGCCAAGCAGGAGAGCAUGGAGUACAGGCACCAGAUCCAGUCCUACACCUGCGAGAUCGACUCGCUCAAGGGAACCAACGAGUCUCUGCUGCGCCAGAUGAGAGAUAUGGAGGACCGUAUGGGCCGCGAGGCCUCCGGUUUCCAGGACACCAUUACAAGGCUGGAGGAAGAAAUCGCUAAGAUGAAGGAUGACAUGGCACGCCACCUGAGGGAGUACCAGGACCUCCUCAAUGUCAAGAUGGCCCUGGACAUUGAAAUCGCCACCUACCGCAAGCUGCUGGAGGGAGAGGAGAGCAGGAUCACCACAACUGCACCACUUCAGUCUGCCUUCUCCUCCAUUGGAUUCAGAGAGACCAGCCCUGAGUCCCAGCAUCAGCGCGCAUCAGAGGUUCACUCCAAGAAGACAGUUCUCAUCAAGACCAUUGAGACCCGCGAUGGAGAGAUGAGGUAUUCCAUGAGCAGCCAGGGCGCUAGUGCCCAGUCUGUUGUGAGUGAAUCCACACAGCACCAGCAAGACAUCAUGUAAACAAGAAGAGCGGACGUUUAAUAGAUCAAUUAACAUUUACAACUAAUUUCCUACCACAACAUUGAUUAUUUAUAAGGCGAGCCUACUUUUAGAUACCAAAUGCUGACCAUAUCAUCUGAUUCAAAUCUAGUUAUAUAAUUGAGCUCAACUAUACGUUCUCCCACCAUUUACUGUUUACAUUGUGGAACAGAUGUAGUACGGAGGCUCAGUGUCUGUGGCCUUGGUUUAAAUAAAGGGCAUUCCAGGAAUUUAUUCUUUAUGACUUUCCUUGUUCCUCUCUCAAAAACAUCAGAGUUUCUAACACCUUGUCUGCAAAAGUCCUCGGAUGGCAAGAGUAGUGCAUCACAUUAGCAAGCCUUGCUUGCUCUCCUGGCACACUGUCCACAGAUAAACUUGCACAGUACAAGACAGAUCAGGGGUCCUGAAUCACCACGGGCAAAAGUGAAUUGCAUCACUGCACAUAUUCCGAGAUCUGUUUGCGCAAAUGAACAAGUAUGUAAUUGAUUAAGACGGGUUAGCUGCGUAACUGAUUCAUUGGAAAGUGAGAUGGAUUCGAAAAAUGGCAGGAGCACAAACAGCUAAUAGAAAAAGGAACUCGGCAGUUUUUGAAGUUCGAGUUCUAUGGCAUGUGCUGGGUGUUUGAUUGUAAGUGUAAGGGUGACCAUGGUAUGCUGUUUCACUGUGACAAAAAUCUCAAAUAAAGAUGUGUUAUCACAA